ACAUCGAGCGAACAUGACCGACAAAGUUGCAGUUGUAACUGGUUCAAAUAAAGGCAUAGGUUAUGGAAUAGUGAAGGAACUAUGUAGUCGCGGAGUUAGUACUGUUUAUUUAACCGCAAGAGAUGUAAAAAGAGGUCAACAAUCUGUCGAGAAUUUAAAGAGAGAAGGAUUCAAACCAGAGUUUCACCAGCUCGACGUAACAGAUUCAAAAAGUGUAGAAAAAUUCGCCAAUCACCUAAAACAAAAACAUGGAGGUUUGGACAUACUUAUCAAUAAUGCUGCGAUUAUACAGCAAAAUAUUAUGAAGACCACCUACGAAGAGGCUAAAAAAGUAAUGGAUGUGAAUUACCGGAGUAUGUUUAUUAUCGAAAAAUAUUUAUUCCCGAUACUCAAGCAAAAUGCGCGAGUUAUAAACGUUUCGAGUGACUUAGGCCAUAUAUCCAACCUAAAGAACAGUUAUUGGAUCAACAGACUGACGAAAGAUGAUAUUGAGGUGCAAGAUAUUGACGAUUUCGUUGAUUGGUUUUUGGCUUCGAUAAAAAACGGAACGUUAAAAGAAGAAGACUUUGCUGUCACAGCAUAUCUAGCUUAUAGAAUGUCGAAGGUAGCUGUAUGUGCUUUAACAAGGGUCCAAUAUAGGAAAAUUGAUAGGAAUAUAUCGAUUAAUUCUCUACAUCCAGGAUUCGUGAAGACUGAUAUGACACAACACAAUGGAUUUAUGACAGUUGAACAAUCUGGCAAAACGCCUGUUUAUUUAGCGUUGGAUUGCGAUCAGUCUGUGAAAGGGAAAUUCAUUUGGUAUGAUAAAUCUGAAAACGACUGGACUAAUCGAAAUUUGGCACUCCUAUGUACGGAUAAAGAUUCUGUGCAGAAGUAUGUCACCCUGUUAAUAUCAAGAACGUGACGUGGUUACGUACAAAAUUAAAAAAAAAUGCUUUUUAUUA